AAUCAUUUCCUUCUUCUGCUUGUUUAGUCUGACCGGCGGGUUUGUUAUGCAGCACUUUGGCUAAAAUCGGAGGACAGUACCUGUUCGGGCUCUUCCACUAAGUGUUUUUUGGAAUUGUGUUUAUUUGUUGGCAUUGCGUUAACUUCUGUUGCAGGCGCACAUUGACUGCGCGUCUUUAACCCUGUCAGAUCCCCGUUUGGGGCUAAAUUAGCAUCGACGCUGUCUUGAAAUUUGCUAGUUAGUAGCGAGUACGUCACGUAAAGUUGUCGGAAAAUAUGCCCGAAACCUUAUUUUUUACUUUUGUUUAAUUUGGACCAUGACAGGUAAAGGAGAUAACCACAAAGCCAGGCGGGGUUUGUCGUUAUCCAAGAAGAGAAGCAGCGCUCACGCUGUCAACACGACACCGAUCUCAUCGUUCUUUAGCAACCCGCAGCCUUGCAAACUGUCCUGCCCACUUUGUGGUCAGACGGUUCCCAGAUUUGGGAUCAAUGAACACAUCGAUUUGCAGUGCAAGAACUUUGAGAGAACAGACAGCAGCGCCUCAUCAGCAAGUAAUGUCGUGUCACCGAGCAGGACUUCCUCCAAGUCCCCACAGCUGGAUCCGGAGCUGAAAGAAGAAACUAAGACAAGUCCUUAUUUCAAGACGAGAACAUCUCCGAAUGUCUCUCAGGAGAUAAGCAGCAAGACUGUAGUCAGAAAGCUCGAACUUGGAAGUCUCUCUGCCAAGUUAUCUAGAACAUGUGAAAAGACAAAUGAUAGAACACACUCAGAUGUUAAACAUGCAUUUUCUGAUCCGAAUAAAGACACCUUGGAUGAUGUUAGCGUCUCACAGACAGAAAAUCUUGCCAGCAAGGCUUCAGGAACCAACGGAGAUUCAAAAAGAACCAUAGAGUUAACGACAAAUGCUGGGAUAUGUACAACAACAGCAGGAAGUUUGGGAAAAGACUUUAAAAUGGAGCCUGGGCUAAAAGUGUCCCUCUCCUCUUCCUCCAACCUCAUUAAACGAAAGAAGGAGACACCUGUCAAAGGUAAGGUGUCUAAUUUAAGAAAGAAACCAAAACACGAAGUAAGCAGUUCGACAGAAGUAUCGUUUGGUAAAGAGACAGUAGAUGGUGUUGAAUUUAAACCCAAAGUGCCCUCUCCUGCGGAUGACGACCUCCUUUCAAUCUUGGACAAUACCAGCAGCAAUUUACAUACAGUGUGUGUGCCUGAGAAAACAGGCAACACCUCACCCCCUCAAAGACUGCCCUACUACCUACGCAAUUUCCAGACUGUCCUGCAGGCCGUGCUAGAGAACGAGGACGACAGAGCCCUGUUCAACCAGGAUGACAUGACGCUCUUGCAAGCCUUUGAGAAGCUCUCAGUCAUGGCACAGAAGUUAUAUGUGAGACUGUUUCAGCGGAAACGAAAGUGGAUUCAAGUGGAGAAACUGGAGUAUGAAGAAAUAAGUAGUGAUUUGGGUCCGGUUGCUCAGGAGUUGGUUCAAGGGGGUCUUCUGCAGACAGAGAAUGACCUAUGCAACAUAGAAGAAGCCUUUGACCUCUUGCCAGCCCCCGACCUCAAGACGCUGGCGAAGACUUUUCAUCUCGGCAGUUCAGGAACUCAAAAACAACAGCUAGUAGACGGGCUCCUGCGGCUGAGCAAGCAGAAGUCUCUCUUCUCCCUGAGCCCUGCUCAAAACAACAUCGGAGCUGUCAUCUUGAAAAGGGCGAAACAGCUCGCUGGUUCCUGUGUGCGUCUGCACAGCGCUCCUCGGGCUGUUUUUUCUCGCAUCCUUCUGCUCUUCUCCCUGACAGACAUGAUGGAUGAGGAGGAGAUGGCAGCAGCUGGGCAGAGCCAGCUUUAUACCAUCCUGCUAGUCAAUUCAGGGCGUUUGGCCUUCCCAGAUUACACAGUGCAGCGCAUGGCAAGGGUGUACCGGGAGAGAGACGACCUCAUCAAGUAUGAAGCAUCUAUCCGAGCCUUGCAGGAGGUAACCUUGGCUAUGCAAGCUGGUCAUUGGGAAGAGGCUCUGGACCUGUAUACAACAGCCAAGAAUGAAUGGCAGCACCUGAAGACGAGUUGUGACCUCAGUCACCAAAAGGAGCUCCCAGUGUUCCUACGCAGCUUCACCACGGGAUGGGCCUACACAAGGAUAUUAUCAAGAGGCGUGGAGAUCUUACAGAGGCUACGUCGUUAUGAGGAGGCUGUCGACGAGUUGCGGUACUUACUUCUGCAGGAUGUUUAUUGUCCUAACAAUCGAGGGCGCUGGUGGGACAGACUGGCCCUGAACCUUCAACAGCACCUCAAAAAAACAGAAGAAGCUAUCUGUGCUAUCAGAGAUGGUUUGUCUGACCCUUUCGUGCGAACGGGACAUAAGCUGUCCCUCUACCAGAGAGCUUCUCGGAUGAGAGAGUCUGCCAGCUUCAAGAAGUACCAUCUGCAGCUCAGAGAUCUGCCCACUGUCGAUGUCCAGGAUGUCAGACAUGUAUCCAUCCGAGGACAACUGUUCCCCCAUGAAGGGGGUACGGGGAAAUCGCGAUUUCUAGUACCAUCAAAUACGGACGAUUUUACUGAUGGCACUGUAAUAUGCUCUGUGGAAGACCUGUCUUUAGCACAUUACCGCCAGCAAGGCUUUGACCAGGCCGACAGGGGGUGGCACCACAUCCAAUUCUGCGGGUGCACCAUAAUAGGAAGGAAGGGAAUCCAUGGAGAGGGCUCAACAUUUUCAACACUUUUUGCCCUACUGAUGUGGGACAUCAUUUUUAUGGACGGCAUACCAGAUGUUUUCCGAAAUCUUUACCAGGCAUGCCCACUGGACUUUCACACUGAUUGUUUCUAUGAGAACCGAAAAGAAGCAGUGGAUUACCGUGUGCAAUUAAUUAGUGAAGCUUCUGCAGAAACCUUGCGCGUUAUGUUGGAGGAUGUAUGGACUUCCCAAAAGGGUAAAGUGUGUUCAUGUGCCAACUGGGAGCUAUUUUCCUCGCUGAGUCAAGCCCAGUCUCUCGUGUCAUGCUUGGGUGGAGCCUUCUUAGCAGGAGUUACAGCACGGAUGGCAAAAGACUUCAGGCACUCUCGUGGAGGUUUGCCUGACCUUGUCGUAUGGAAUACAUGUGAUAACACUUACAAGCUGGUGGAGGUGAAAGGUCCGAAUGAUCGUCUGUCCCAGAAGCAACAGAUCUGGCUAGAUGAGCUGCAAAAACUGGGUGCUGAUGUGGAGGUGUGUCAUGUGGUGGCCACCGGAGCAAGAGGAUCCUGUGUGGAAUAAAAAAGAAAAAAGUGCAGACCAAAGUGAUUCAAGAAACAAUUACAAACUGAAAUAAAAUUCCUCAAUGCCUUUUUCUA